AUGUUGAAGAAACUCUACGCGUGGUUCACACAGAAGAGCCAGAGAGAUUUGCUGCUUGAGGCCAUUGAUAAUGCAAAGUUGUUUGAGGAAUGGGAGGCUGCUGCGUACAAGCUUGAUGAGGUCCUCGACUAUGACCUGUGGCGACAGGUCGCAAAGAGCAAACACUACGACCAUCGCCUCAUCAACCAACGUCUCUCUGCUCUCUACGAAGCCCAAGAAGACGACGAUAUUCUUGGUGUCAUCAACCUCCUUCGCAGCGGCCUCGUGCGAAACCUCGGAAACAUAACCGCCUCGCGACUCUACAACCGUGCCUACGCUGGGACGAAACUCUUGAUCGAAGACUAUGUCACGCAGGUUGCUUACGCAAUCGAAAACCUUACACAAUAUCCUACAUCGAGAAACUCGGACACCGGGUUGACGAACCAGGCCAAGCUGGAUGUUCUCCACGAUACGAGACAGGCCUUUGGAAGAUCGGUUCUGGUGCUUCAAGGCGGACAAGUCUUUGGCCUGUGCCAUCUGGGUGUUGUCAAGGCAUUGCAUCUGCGCGGUUUACUUCCCCGAAUCAUUGCUGGAACUGCUACUGGGGCCCUCAUAGCGGCAUUGGUGGGUGUGCAUACUGAAGAUGAAUUGCUCGAGUUCCUGACGGGGAGGAACAUUGAUUUGACAGCCUUCUCAAACCGACCAUAUAGGAAUGGCGCUCAGGUUACCACACGGCUCCAGACUAUGAUACGCCGUGUUAAGAGAUGGUGGAAUCAAGGCCAUUUUCUCGACGUCGGCGUACUCGAACAACUCUUGAGGGCCAAUGUCGGCGACCUGACAUUUGAGGAAGCAUACGCAAAGACAAAGAGGGUGUUGAACAUCACAGUCACGACUAGUAGUGGUGGCAGUGUGCCAAACCUGCUCAACUAUCUGACUGCUCCCAACGUUCUCAUCUGGUCCGCAGCACUUGCCUCCAAUGCGACGGCCUCGUCAGCACUCUACCAUUCGGUCACGAUGAUGUGCAAAGACGAAGAAGGCAACAUUGUUCCUUGGACUCCAGCAUCGAACACCACGUUCCGUCCCUACACGCAUGCGUCCUACCGCGACCGCGAAUCGCCUUUGCAUCGUAUCGGCGAGCUCUUCAACGUGAAUCACUUCAUCGUCUCUCAGGCACGGCCUUAUCUUGCCCCUUUUUUGCGUUCUGACCUGCACCAUCCCAACCCAAAACAGGACGGCAGAUUGCGACUUAGUAUGCCGAUUCUUCGUCUUGUAGUCCUGGAAGUACAGCACAGGUUGCAACAGCUGGAUGAGCUUGGCUUGCUUCCCCUGUCAAUCCGACGAUUUCUGCUCGAUGAAAACAUUCCUGGCCCCAGUCUCACACUGGUACCUGAAUUCACUCCAAGCGAUUUCUUCAAGUUGCUGGAGAACCCGACAAGGGAAGCGAUGGAUUACUGGAUAUUAAAGGGCGAGAGAAGUGUGUGGCCAGCAGUCACAGCAUUAAAGAUUAGGUGUGCUAUUGAAGUAGAACUUGAUCGAGGGUACCAGCUCGUCAGGCGCAGGAAGCCUUUUGACUUUGCGACUUCUGGAGGUAUAGCAGGAGGGGAUAGCGGUGGGCCGUUGAGGAAAAAUGGAAGCAGGGGUGAGGUGCAGUCCAUGUAUGGAUGGGACGGCGAUGCUAGGAGCGCUGAGCUGAGACAAAGGCCGACGAGGGCGGCCAGUUUUGCAGGUGGCAUUCCCUAA